GCUGGGUACCUACAUUGCAUGGGAGAGACCGGUCUGUGCCUGAUCUUUCAAAGGGUAGUGUUCGGUGGAAUGAAAACACCACGUCAGGUCAAGACCAGAAGUCGACGGAUGAGAACGCCCACCGAGAUACAACACCGGCCAAAGAGUGAUUUUUAUAUGUUACGCAGGAAACCCUCCUUUGAAUAAAAUGAGGUAUCUACCUAUCUAGGUACCCGAUGACAGCAGCAAGACGGCAAGUGGGUCACUGUGUCCAUUCUCGGGUAUGAGCCCAUCAAUGUCACCGCCACCCCUCACUCGAACCAUCUAACCCCUCAUUUCGGUUUUCAUCUUGUUUCCCGUCACGUUCAACGCCCAAGCUGCCGCCGACUUGCACCUUGCACACCAUACUUGCGCGUAGCUCUGGUUAAAAAUGGCGUCGACUGCCACCCCUGUUGAUCUCAACCUGCCCCUUGGCGCACCUCCUGGCGCGCCUCCUGGCUUCACUGAUCACACAUUCGUGUCUGAGAAUGAUGUCAAGUUGUCUGUAAGGGUAUGGCCAGCAGAUCCACCUGUUGGGGAGCCUGCUCCGUUUGUAAUAUGGACUCACGGAGGCGGUUGGUUGGGCGGUGCUCACUUCGCCCCUCUGCCCUGGCUCAGUCCUGGAUUUCGAGCCAGAGGUUACCACUUGGUCUCCCACAACUACCGAUUAGCCCCGCAAGCCAGAAUCGAUGACCAGUUGUCCGACUGCCUGGAGUCUGUUUCUUGGCUUCGGUCAAAUCUUCCUUCUCUUCUCGGCGAGGACAAAGUCGAUGUGGACCGAUACGUUCUUGUCGGUGAAUCUGCCGGCGGCCACCUGGUCACGCUGAUGGCCGCCCAUCUAUCUCCUCCUCCCAAAGCAGUGGUUGACGUCUAUGGCUUGGUGGACUUUCUGUCCAUCCCGCAUUUUUGUGACAGCGUUCAAUUCGAACCGUGGAAGCCUGACAACCCCGCACCAUGGAAAGGAGAGUUCACUGACGCCGAGCUCGACGCUUUCCUCGAGGAUAGAAACCCAGAGAAUCUGUUGACAGAUGCACUAGCCUGGAACGAGCAAGAGGUUCUCACGGAACAACAAAUACAACAGUACUGGGCCACUGAUUUCAAGUACAACCGACGCAUCAGACUGCAGGCCGAGCUGCACAUGAGAAGAUCAUUGAACUCUGACAUGGAGGGACUGAGAAAAGGAGUGAUGCAUCGAGAGAAGUUCAAAACUCAAGAGGACUUUGUCGCAUUUCUGGAAGACAUGUCUCCGUACAGGGUGUUCAUGAAGGAUCAAAAACGAACAUACCCGCCGACAGCGUUUAUGCAUGGGAGCGGGGAUGAGGCCGUGCACAUUGAUCAGAGUUACCGGAUGGCAGAGCUGUUGAAGAGCAGAGGGGUUCCUGUGCUGGAGUGUUACGAAGAAGGGGAGCCACAUGUCUAUGAUCUCAAGUAUAUUAAUCGCAACAUCAACGGCUGGGAAACGUACGUUCAACCCGUACUCGAUUUUGUUGACAGCCAUGUGGGCCAUGGGAGCAAAGGCUAGCAUGGAUAACGGCAUAGCUGCGCAAACAGCAGAGACUCAGGAUACAAGUGCUAUUGAGUGGAAUCCACCUUUUGAGACUUGCACUUGAUUGAUAGCUAAGGUACCUAAAAAUUGCAAGCCAUAUAAGUACCUAUUCAAUCUACAGUGUACGAGUAUGCAUUCAAGGGAAUAUGACACUCAACCCGGAAUGGUCGAUAUCUUGGUUCGCGAGGGCACAGACUCCUUUCCAAAACAAUUAGCCCCUUUUACCCCUGAAA